UCAGAACGAAAAAUCUAAAAAUUUCAUAAUUAUUUUCUAAUUGUGAGCUAAAAAUUUUACAAACAAAACAAAAAAGAAAAACUACACACUUUUUAGAGUUUCUUACUUUUGUUGACGAGGCUUUAAAGUUCGUCAGCGAGAUGGACGCCAAUGCAAUGGCCAUAAGGACGCCCGUCAGCAUUCUGCAAAAGCUGCUAAGCCGACGGGGAAUUACUCCCGGCUAUGAACUCCAGAUCGAGGGCGACCAACAUGAGCCGACCUUCCGGUUUCGCGUGUCCUUUAGGGUCAAUGAUACGCCCUUUACGGCCAUGGGUGAAGGACGCUCGAAGAAGGAGGCCAAGCAUGCGGCGGCCCGUGCGGUCAUCGACAAGCUGAGCUGCACGCAGAUACCGGAAUCGCCUAGCAGCUCCGCAGGUCCGUCAGUGACUGGCGGAGGAGACGGCAAUGCCACGGGCGGAGGAGAUGCCGGCGAGGAGACCGUCGGUAAUCCUAUUGGCAGGUUACAAGAAUUGUGUGUGCAACUGCGAUGGCCACCACCAUCUUAUGAAACGGAAGCGGAAGUGGGUCUGCCCCACGAGCGGGUCUUUACGAUCGCUUGUUCGGUACUCGACCACCGCGUGAUGGGCAAGGGCGCGACCAAGAAGAUAGCCAAGCGCUUGGCCGCCCACAGCAUGUGUGUGCGGCUUGCCCGGCCCUUUACGGCCAUGGGUGCAGGACGCUCGAAGGAGUCGGCCAAGAAUGCGGCGGACCGUGCGGUCAUCGACAAGCUGAGCUGCACGCAGAUACCGGAAUCGCCUAGCAGCUCCGCAGGUCCGUCAGUGACUGGCGGAGGAGACGGCAAUGCCACGGGCGGAGGAGAUGCCGGCGAGGAGACCGUCGGUAAUCCUAUUGGCAGGUUACAAGAAUUGUGUGUGCAACUGCGAUGGCCACCACCAUCUUAUGAAACGGAAGCGGAAGUGGGUCUGCCCCACGAGCGGGUCUUUAGGAUCGCUUGUUCGAUACGGAACUACCGCGAGAUGGGCACGGGCAAGAGCAAGAAGAUAGCCAAGCGCUUGGCCGCCCACCACAUGUGGGUGCGGCUGCAAGAGACGCCCAUCGAUUAGCGCAAAAUCAGCGACAGCAUCUGCGGCGAGAAUGAGGGGUUUGCUUGAAGUCUAACAUAUUAUACUUAAUUCGACUUAUCACUACAUGCUUACAUAUACAAUCGUGGAAUUGCUGGAUAAUUGGUGAUGCGCAUCUCCUUUGGCAUCUGACAAUUCGAUAACGGGACUACACAUAUUGCAGUCAAAUCGAUGGCACCGGUCCCGUUGGACAGUAGCUUGCAUCGAAUCUAACAUGUUAUACAACACUACUCGACCUAAAACUAUGGUCUUAUAUGGGAUAAUGUGCGUUUAGAAGGGUUAAAAAUAAAAUAUUGUUAAAUUAAAGCGGAAA